GGGGAUAAUAACUAUGGAGAUGAACCACGGAAUAAUAGCCACGGAGACACAGUAGAAUGAAUUCGUUACCUAGCAGCGUCAUCUUCGUUGUUGUUAUCGUUGCUGUUACCGCCGUUGUUGAUUGGGUGCUGUGUAGUAGUGCUUGUCUGAGUGACAGUUUCGGUGUAGGUCACCAUAACCAUGGUCGUGGCUUGGUCACCAGUGUUACCGCCGUCCGUGGGCACAAGGCAAGGAAAAGGAUAGCUGCCAUCGGCAUGGUGAUUGUAGUGUUCACCAGCAAUAUGGAAACCAUCAAGGCCAGGGACACAGUCAGAAGUGUACCGCUGAUCAUCAUCGUUUUACUUACACUUGUUGUUGCUUCGCCUGUUGUUGAUGUUGCUUCGUUGGGUUUCUCCACUUUUAUAUAUGGACUCCUGUCAACGAUGGCAUAAGUGCCAGGUUCUAUGUUAUACCAUGAUAUAAUCGCGUAUAAUACUGUUGUGUGUAUAAUGUCAUCGUCACCGUCAUGUUGAUGUAACG